GCUUCUAUUUUCAAUUUAUCAGAUAACUACAGCGGGGGAAAAAUCCAAGAAAAGAGCGAUUUGUCUUUGAAAUUUUGAAAUCAAUGGUAUUUUCAAGAUACAAUUCAUCUCAUUCCACGGCCCCGUCAGCACCAGAGCUGCCUCCAGAGUCCUACCACCAGCCGCCGCAGCAACAACAUUACCAGAGCUACUACGGGCAGCCGCAGGCUCCGGUUUCUAGUCCGUCUUCAAGUUACGGGCAGAGGGGUGGGUUUCCAGCGGGAACACCGCCGGAUGUUGUGAGAGCGUUUCAAAUGGUGGAUAAGGAUAGAGGUGGAUUCAUCGAUGAACAUGAGUUGCAGCAGGCACUGUCUUCGGGUUACCAGAGGUUUAAUCUUAGGACUAUAAGGUUGCUCAUGUUCUUGUUCAAGAAUCCUUAUGAUGCCCUCAGAAUUGGGCCUGCAGAGUUUGCUGCACUCUGGAGUUGCCUUGGUCAUUGGCGGGGAUGCUUCAAAAUUGAGAAGUUUUAAAUAUAAUUCUUCAAAGGAAAUUGGUUGUCUCUGGCUUGGACUGCACGAACCGAUUCUUUGUAGUCAUCACCAAAAUUUUCUAAGAUAGUUGUAGUUUCCACGAAACAUAAUUGGUGGAUGUGAGUUUUAA